GUUGUGAAAGAAGGUGACCAGAUUGUUGGUGCAACUGUAUACUUUGAUAGCAUGUCUUCAGAGGACAUUGAGAGACUUCUAACGAAUGUAGGGCAUCACACCGUGGGACUAAAACUCCAGAGGAAAGGAGAUCACUCCCCACAGCCUGAAAUGACGUGGUCCCAUGAUGUCUUCCAUUUGAAAAGUCCCGAUGUUGUUCUGAGUGGGGAUGAUGAAGAGUACAGAAGAAUCUACACAAAGAAAAUUAAAGGGCCACGUCUGAAGUCAGAGGAAUUUCUGGAAACACAAACAAGGACAAUUACUGUCACCAGGAAGGUAACUGCUUACACAGUAGAUGUGUCUGGUUCUAAAGGCACAAAGGAGAUUGAUAUUAGUAGCCCGGAGUACAAGAUUAAAAUUCCAAAGCAUGAGAUAACCGAGAUUUCCAAAACUAGCAUAGAGACAGAGAAGGGAAAAACUGUGAUCAAAAUUCCUAGCGCUGAUAUUUCUGGAAGAACUUUUGAGAUUGGAAAAGAGAUUCAUUUGGAAACAAAAGGGUCUGGAGUCUCAGUGACAGGAGGCAUACAGAGCACUUCCAACUCUUCUGUUUACUCACAGGUUACAAAUGCGGGAACAUUUGGGUUUCACGGAAUUAACAGUGAUGGUAACAUAAGUAUAAGCAGCAAAGACUCUCCAAGUUUUUCUGGACCAAAAUACCAGAGUUAUGAGCAGCACAUAGAUGUCAAAGGAUCAGUAUAUGAAGCUACCCAAAAGGAUCAAUUAAGAAGCCUGCAUGAUUCAGAAACCUCAUCCAUUGACAUGAUGAAAGGUUCCUUACUUAAAGGAGAUGAAGCUGACCGUGCAGGAAAAUCCACCAUAAACACUGAUUUUGCCAGCAUGGACAAAACCUUUGGGAUUUCUAAAGGUGGAUUUCAGUCAUCUACUAUCAUGCUAAAAGAAACACGGUUUGACAUGCAAAAACCAGGGGGGUUUACAGUGGAACAAUCUGACAUUGGUGUUAAAGUACCAAAAACAGAUAUAAAUAUCUCUGCUCAGAAAUCAAAAUCAGACAUUUCUUUAUCACCCGUAUAUAGGCGGGAGUUAUCAGGGGAUCAAAUGGUUAAAAGUUAUCCAGAAAGCAACAGAGGGAUUAGUGUGCAAAGCACUGAAAUUUUCCUGCCUGGUCAAAGAAAAGAUACAGGUGAUAGAGGUGUAGAUGUGGUAGCACCCAUACUGGAUGUGAAAAUUUCUCAAAUGGACAUUGAUAGCACAGAAGUCAAGAGUCAGAUGCCUUCCAUUAAAGUGCCAUUAAGCGUCUCAGGAAAGGAGGAGGCUGCUGGAGACACUGAUCUGAAACUUCAAGGACCAGCUACUGACAUUAAUGUUUCAUCUCCUGAUAUCCAGGCAGCCACAUUACAGAUAGAUGGUAAGAAUCAAAGUGCUGGUAUUAAGCUGGUAUUCAUAGUCUAAUUCUGCUCCUGUUCC